AUGCUGGCAAAAAGUGGCAAAGACUUCCCCAAACUAAGCAACCCCGCCACGGCGAGCUUAGCUUUCACCACAGGUCGUCGCCCAAUCUAUAUGGAUCGGGGAGCCACAAGUCGGAAUGUCGGUUCAUCGGAAAUUCCACAAUUUCGCCUCCCAUAUGACGUGGUGGAUUUCGAAAUCCAGCUAGCACGCGAUAUCGGUGUGAAAAUUGAGACUGGGAGGACUCUGCACGAGAAUGAUCUCACAAUCGAAAAGCUGAAGGCUGACGGCGUAAAAGCUAUCUUCAUUGGCAUAGGAUUGCCAGAGCCCAAAAAAGUAGAUGUUUUCAAUGGCCUCUCACAAAGCCAUGGAUACUACACAAGCAAGGAUUUCCUACCCAUGGUAGCGGCUGCAAGCAAACCUAAUAUGUGUGGAUGCUCGCAAAGCUCACUACCCUCUUUGAAAGGACGAGUGAUUGUGUUGGGAGCUGCUUACUCGAGGUCAGUCAAGGGGCACCCAGAUGGUGCUAAGACAAUGUCGGCAGGACACUGGUCGACUGUUCUUCGCAUAAUGUCGUCGAUGGCGAAAUUGAACAGGAAGGGUCCUGCCACUGCCCCUUGUCUUACUCCAGUUACCACUUCAAACGGUGUUGUAAUCCGUCUGGUGUUCGAACUGCAGCAGUUGUUCGUUGAUUCAUGUCAUCAAGCAAGCGAAUGA